AUGAGCGCCGAGGUCGGGAGGAGCGCCGCGGCGGGCACACCUAGGGUCCCGCCCACGCUGCUCCUCGAAGAUCUCAUCUCGGGCGGCGGCGACGGCCCGCUCUCGACCGUCGUCCGCGCGCACCUCGACGCCCGCGACCGCGUGGCGCUGGCGUCGACGUCGUCGGCAUACAUGCGGCGCGUGCUCGAGUCCCUGGACGGCGCGGGCGCGUGCCGCUGGUGCAGCGAGGACACCGUCACCGGCAAGGGCGUCGCGACGAAGCUGCACGCGCACGGCGGGGCGCCGGCGACGCGGGCACUGGUGGGGUGGAACGCGACGGGGUGCGGGGAGUGGCGGGUGUACUGCGCGGUGGGAGCGGACCCGGCGCUUGAGGAGUCGGUGGUGCGCGUCGCCCCCUCGCCCUACGUCGGCGUCGACGCCGAUCCCGAUCCCCCCCCGCCCAUCACCGCGGGCAUGACGGGGCUGCGGGAGGUGUCGCUGCGGGGCGUGCGGGCGGACUGGGUCGAGUGCGAGGAUUCCUGGCUGCCGUCAAGCGUGCGCGGCACGCUGCGCGUGCUCGAGGCCCCUGGCACGCGGCUGCGGCGCGUCCCGGCGGGGCUCGCGGCGCUGCGGGAGCUGACGGUGUCCAACUGCAUGCUGCUGGACGCGGACGAGUGGCUCCCGGAGAGCUCGCGGGGGGCGCUGCGGGUCCUCGACGUUGACCACACCCGCAUCCGCCGCCUGCCUCCGGGGCUGCGAUCGCUGGCGACGCUGACGGUGUCGCGGUGCUACCGCCUCGACGCGGACGACUGGCUGCCGGACAGCUCGCGGGGGGCGCUGCAGGUGCUGCGCGCGGACGCCACAGCCUUCAAGCGCGUGCCGGCCGGCACGGCGCUGCGCGCGCUCGAGGUGUGGGGCUUCGCGCUCUCGCACGCGCAGGACCCGCGGUGCGUCGUGCCGCCCCUGCCGCUGCUGGAGGAGCUGGCGCUGGGGCAGGCCAGCGUUCUGUGGGAGCGGUUCGUCGUCGCGGCCGACACCGGGCGGUUGCGGAAGCUGCGCGUGACGGACCCCUCGUACGGGCUGCGCGCGCUGCCGGCGGACAUGCGGGCCCUGGAGGAGCUGGAGCUGCGCGGGUGCCGGUUCCUGGACGCGGAGGCGUGGCUGCCGGAGACGUCCCGCGGGCGGCUGGAGGUCCUGCGGCUGACGGACUGCAACGUACGCGAGGUGCCGCCGGGGCUGCGCGCGCUGCGGAGCCUGUCGCUCUCGCGCGGCAGCCGGCCUCUGUGCCCCCUGCACGGAAGCCGACUCCCCGACGACUGGCUGCCGCCGAGCAGUUCCGCGCGACUGGCGGAGCUCGAGCUGGAGGCCUUCGAGAUCGCCAACGUCGAGGGGCAGGUCGGCGUGAUGCCGGCGCUGCGCAAGCUGAGCUUGCGCGCGUGCGACCUCGUGGAGCAGAGCACGUGGAGCGCAGAGACGAGGAGGACCCUGACGGACCUCGAACUGCGGUCGUGCAAGACGAGUCGCCGGACGGAGCUGCCGCGGGGAUUGGCGGCUCUGAGGUCGCUGAUCGUGGACCCCCGCCUGCGCGACGCGCCGCUCUGGCCGGGCCCAACGCACAGGACGAGCCAGCUCCUCGCGUGGGGGGCGGGCGGCGUUGACGUGGGCUCGGAGCCACCCGCACCGUCGUGCGCCCUGCAGACGCGCGACGCGCGCAACGUCGAGCACACGUUCUUGCACGAGGGCUAUCGCCCCUACGGCUGGAACAUCAGGACGCUGUGCGUACGCGACUCCAACAUCCGCUACGUCCCGCUGUGGGCCGCGAGCCUGCGCGAGGUCGACGUCACGGGGUGCAGCGAGCUGAUGGCCAACUGGCUCGACAUCCUGCCCACGCACGUGGUCAAGGUGCACGGGCCGGAGGAGGGCCGCGUGCGGUGGGUGAGGAGAGGAUGCGUACUGCGCACCAUGCGGAGGCGACCGUAG